UCGUAAGUGGUAGCUGACGGGUGUGACAGCCCGACGACGGUGACGGAGCCAUGAAUAUCUUGCCCAAGAAGAGCUGGCACGUCCGGAACAAGGACAAUGUGGCCCGCGUGCGGCGCGACGAGGCUCAGGCCCGGGAGGAGGAGAAGGAGCGGGAGCGGAGGGCGCUGCUCGCUCAGCAAGAGGCCCGCACUGAGUUCCUGCGAAAGAAAGCACGUGGGCACCAGGACGCUCCGCCAGCGCUGGAAGCCGGGGAGCCGCGAGCUGGCCCCGUGGACCUGUUUCGCGAGCUGCUGGAGGAAGGGAAGGGGGCUAGCCAAGGCAACAAAGAGUACGAGGAGGAAAAGCGACAGGAGAAGGAGAGGCAAGAGAAGGCGCUGGGCAUCUUGACCUACCUGGGCCAGAGUGCAGCUGAGGCACAGACACAGCCCCCGUGGUACCAGCUGCCCCCCAGCCGAGGGGCACCCCCAGCGGGGCCCGGCCCUGACGAGAAGGUCAAGGGCCGCCUGGACCCCCUGCAGGAGAUGCAGAGGCACUUGGGGAAGAAGCGGAAGCACAGCGACCCCAGCAGGAGGGAGGUGCCGGCAGAGAAGCUGCGGCCCAGUGGGUCCCCGACCCUGGAGCAGCUGCGAGCAGAACGCCUCAAGCGGGAAGCAGUUGAAAGGGCCCGGGCGGAGGUCUUGCUGGCCCGGGUCCGGGGCGGACAGCCCCCGGAGGACACAGAGGAGAUGGACGAGCGACGACGGGGCUACAACUCCCAGUUCAACCCGCAGCUGGCCCGGCGCCCCCGCCACCAGGACUCCCAACCUCCCCGCUGACCCCGGUGGAGGCUCCCGACUCAGGAUGAAGCCCUUGGCCAGGCCACCUCCCACCUCUCCUCCACCGACAGGAGGUUCUACUGCAUAAAGGACCCAGGGGCACACAGCCCCACCCUGGGUCACAGCCCACCCCCCCAGCCAUCUGAGACUCCCAAGGGGAACAGGAGAGGCCGCUGCUGCCAGCAUCAUAUAAAACUAUUUAUUCAUAAAUAUUUUCCAAAA